AUGGGGCCGCUGGUCAGGAAGGCGCCGAUUCUCAUCGAAUCGGCGCCGAUGCCGCCGCCAUUGGCGGCGCGGCCAGCGAUCGUCAAGGAGACGAAGAGGAUGGGGCCCACCUACAAGAGGGCGCCGCACACGCCGGCGCCCAGGGCGCCGCCCACGCAGGCGGCGCAGCCGCCUGAGGCGCCCAAGGCGCCCGCGAAGCAGCCCGAGGCGCCAUCGGCGCCACCUCCGCAGCGCGCGAUUGAAGCGCGAGAGCAACGUCGCAUGGCGAAGAACGACCAGCAGAAGCACGGCGGGCAGCAGCCCGACAGGGAACACCCCGUCAGCGAGCAGCAGCGCCCAAACAAAAUCGCGAGGACAAUGGGCAACACAGUCGCCAUGGCGCCGACCGUAGAUUGGCAGUGGAACCCGUUCUUCAGCGGCGGCGUCUACGCGCCGCCCCCAGACCCCGACGCGCCGAAGCAGUUCGGCAGGAGCGGGGCAAGGAGCAAGGAGAGAGCCAUACACAGGCACGACAAGCGCAUUAGUGGGCAACCGUGCGCCGACCAGAAGCAGAUCGAACGGCUCGGGAUGGAGGGGCACCUGGCGGCGCAAUCGGUCAACCCCCAGAACAAGCAGAGGACGCAGCUCAUCAAGAGGUUCGCGGCGCUGAGGGGCGACUGGCCAGGCGUCGCGCUGACGGACCCCUACAACCCCGAAGGCGAGCCCCAGGGUUGA